CGCGCCAGAAAAGACGAAGCGGCGACGCCAGCAUGUUCUUCAAGACCGAUUCCAUGAGCUGGAAGCGAUACGAAGAGGAGGCCAGGGCGUCAAGAAAGAGGUUUCUGGCCGAGUUGACAAGGAGAGAACUACCAGCCAAAGAUAGCGAGCCCUUGACAGACGUUGCCCGAAUUCAAAACGACACGCUAAAUUUCGUCAUCAUGGAUUACGCACAAAAGCCGGAAGGACUUCCUCGCGGAGAUAUAUUGCUCGACUUGUUCGGUCGCAACUCGGUGAGUCACGAAAUCCAUGAAGACUUUCCGUGGAAGACUCUCCGGCCACCCUCAACCGGGUCGCAAUGGGGACGAAAAUGCUCAACAAAUUCAAGCAACGAAUCUGUCGUCCACGUUGAAGAAGACGCUCCCAACACUGUUAAAAUGAGGAAGAUUGAAUCUGCUUUGGAAUUUGGUAGUUCACCUGCGAUCAAUUUUCAUCCCAUCGACGCGUCGAAGGAGAUUUUUGAAUCUGCAAUCCUGGACGAGUUCACCGAUUUUUCCAUUUCAACUUCUUGCAAUUGGUACGACGAGUUGAAUCGAUGGAGCGUGUUGGUCGACUCAGUCAACGAUGCUAUUCACACAAGCCAAGUUCUUUUCAAAAUGCCAACUAAAGAUGACGUUAAGGAUGAAGACAUCGUUACUUUCGAGACGAUAGCAUUGCCUUGCACUUUGACAUGUGAGGAUGUUGUUGGCGAGAAGGAGAUUCUUCACCAUAACGACAUGUGGACAAGCAACGCAGAAACAGCCCCAGAUUGUAACCAGUUGACAUCAAAGAGCCGAACGACUCAAUCGAGAAAGCCUGGUUCAGGAGCAUCGCCACCGCAAUUUCCACAGCUUUUCGAAAAUGUACGAUGCCCUCAACCAAGUUCGUACUUGGACGAAGUGGCCCCCAAACAUAUACUUGCAAGACAACCGGGAAAUAAUGAUCCGCGCCACGUCAUUCGACCAAUCGACAUUGGUCUCAACCUUUCGGCUUUGGAUAAAGGGCAAUUUUCGUGGCGAGAAACAAAUUUAACAACGUUCGAAUCUGCACGGCUGGAUGAUGCAGUUGUCUUUGCAGGAACGGAAGAUUACCCCACGUCAAUCUUUGACCUUCCCUUGAAUAACGACAUGAACUUGAACGACACAUUAUUCGAACAAGAGUCCGAUGGAGUUCACAUCCACCAGUUGCAAUUACCCCCAACAAACGACAGAUAUUUGCUCGAUGCGUUUUUGAAGGCAUUUCGUACGGGUACCAAAGACAUCUUCGAUUUGGCUGUGGCCCAUACGCCAACACACCCGCGGAUCUCUCCAUCAACGUUAUCAAUAAGCAUGCCUUCAUUUUGUUUGGCAACUUCGUCAAAUGUCAAAGACAUGGGGGUUUUGUACGACGAUGAACCCAAAUCAGGCGAGUCUAUUGAAUUCGUCCUCACUCAAGAGAUUCCGCCGAAAGAGUUCAUUCUCGUAUCAAGGACCUCGCCCGAGAAAAAGCGAAAGCAUGGUGAAACCAAUGAUAACCUUGCCAGCAAACCAAAACGGCAGCUGCGGUGUCGGAAAUCGACUCUACAGCACGUUAACGAACUGAAUACCAUCGAUCCAAGCAAACAAGACUCGAAUGCAACUUCGCCCCUGCACAAAUUGAUCUCCCGAGCCGCACGACCAUUAAUUUGGAAAUUGUCUUCGAAAAAAGUACUUCGUAUAGAAGAAACUGCAUCGAAGUCUGCAUUGCAGCAUCUCUCUCUCGGCUCGUUGAAUUCCAAGUUGCAAGCCAAGUAUUUAGACCUCAAACGAAUCCAGUCGUCAGCAACCUUGGAUGAGAAGUUGCAAAGGGCCCAAAUCAUAAGAGACCUUUUCUUUGUGCAUACAUUGAGGUUGACGCAACAAGUGUUGGACGAACACGGGGUUCAGGGGUGCAAGACUUUCGUACGCACAUGCGUAACAAAGUCGAAGGUGGAAAGGUUACUAGGUGAAAAGUAUAUUGUGCAGCUACGAAACUUAAUUCGCUUGAGUCAAGACGAAGAGGAUCUACCUGUCGUUGUGACUCCCGAAAAAAUACCAACUCGUAAUUCUCGUCCUUGCCCCGUCUUGAUCAGUGUCGACUUGCCAAUAUCGGUCGACGUGAAUGAAUUAUUGAAACCUGGCGAAUUCAAUCAAAUUCAUCGUGAAUUGGAGCCACCGUUAAGUCUUAUCAUCGGGAUGCAAGUCGGGCUCUGUGUUGUCGAAAAAGCCAUUUUCCUCGACGACAAUCAUACAAAGCAAUUUGCGUUUCAAGUCGCUCAAAUUCAGCAUCAGUUUGCCAAGAUCUGGGUGAUUUUAGAAAACUACCCUUCUGGUAAUGCCAAAGAAGUCGACAAACUUGAGCAAUGCUAUCUUGCAUUUGCCACCGCAUCGAUGGGAUAUUCGAUCCCUGUAGUUGCGAUGAUAAGCACUUCCCCACAAGAGUCGGCUACGUACAUUCGAAAAAUUAUCAAGCAACACUGCAGCAGCGUGAUGGCUUCCAAUGCAUAUCGAUACUUUGUGCCUUCAUCACGUCUAUCUCUUUGUAGCUCCCUGAAGAUUUCAAACUUGCAGGGGAAGAAAGCCAAAAGGAGCGCUUGAUUGUUUCCACCAAGGCUAUGAACCCGUCGUGCGCGCAGUAUUUGCUGGACCGAGUGCUAAAAAUUAUCGCUGAGAACUUUCUCACGUGUGAAUGUGUAGAUUACAAUUGGCGACUUAUUUCAUCUCUCGUACAUGACCCUUUGAUUAUUGGUGCUCAUUUCCAACAACACUGUAGCUGGGACGAGUUGGAUUUGUCGAAGAUUCGUAGCAUCCCAGUGCAUCAAGUGCGCUGUCUCUAUCGAAUCCUCCAUCAAGGCCAUGGGAUUGGUGGAAUGGAUUGACUGUGAAAAAAUCUUCGAGAAGUGAACAGAUAAUUUGCUUUUGAAGAAGAAUUGGAAAUAUCCGUCUCAGCGAAUAUCUCGAUUUCUACCA